GAUUACUCUCUUCAAUAAUGUAAAAGUUGUGUCUGUGUUGCGGCUGUAUUAGUCCAACUGAGGAUCAGGACAGAUAUCUGCCACAGGUCCUGCCCUUCCCUCACCAUGCCUGGCACACUGCCCCCUGAGCUCCUGGACGAGUACAAGGGUGUGUUUGAGAUGUUUGAUGAAGAAGGGAAUGGCUUGGUGAAGACAGACGACUUAGCCAAACUGAUGAGCCUGCUGGGCAUCAACAUCACCAAACGGGAGCUGGCACAGAUGGCCAAGGACGUUGACAAAGAGGGGAAAGGUCUGUUUAACUGUGACAACUUCCUUGUGCUGAUGGGAGAUUACCAUGAGAAGGCCAAGAACCAGGAUGAGGAAUUGAAGCAGGCCUUCCUGGUGUUUGACCCCGACCUGAAGGGUUACAUAGACUGGAAUACAUUGAAGUAUGUUCUGAUGAACGCUGGCGAGCCCCUCAAUGAAGAGGAAGCCGAACAGAUGAUGAAGGAGGCGGACAAAGACGGUGAUGGCACUAUCGACUACCAAGAAUUUGUUGACAUGAUGACGGGCGAAUCCUUCAAAUUAGUCAAGUAACUUCCGCACGGGAAAGAUUCCCAGUGGAUCGGUGGAUUACCAGAGGCAAGCCUACCAUAGCUGUCGAUCCCAUCGGAAUGGUGAAGUACAAGAGACGCGUCCACCAUGGCAUAGAUCCAUCCGGACUCUGGACAUGAUGACAAAUACAGAUUUUUUUAAAUUU